AUGUCAAGCCAAGUCAAACGAACAGAAAAAGAAACGUGGAAGCACCGUCUCCACCGCAACUGCUACCGGUUCCAGAAGCGAGUCGAGUCGAACACAAAGCGCGACACGCGCACGGAAGAAAUAAUGACAGAGCAGUUGUGCAAGCUAAUGCUGAUCCCACCUAGCACAGGCAGCCUCUCGAUGUCACCUCGCCCAUAUGGCGCCAGCCUGUCCUCCGGCGUUCCGGGGCUGGAUGCGUCCAAAUCCCGCGCGGCACCAGCGCGAAUCUGGAACAUGAUCGGUGGGCGGCGCAGGCAGGUGGAGCGCUGGGCUGUCCCCGUCUGCGAGGCAAGGAAAUUAGCGGCACUGCUCGAUGCAGAGAAGGAAGAGUUUGCGGCGAGGCAUGCUAGACAGGCCGUGUACAUGUAUAGAGCCAAACUAAACGAUGCCGAGGACGACUUGAACAUCAGGAUGAGAUUACUGAGGCGCGCCGAGGGCUCGACGGCGGAAGUUGCAGAUAGCGAGGUGAGCCGGGCGCGUAGAGGGUAG